UGAAUGCUUGGUUUUAUGUAAUAAUGGUUGCGCAUGCGCUUACGUUAUGCUGUGUUGAAGGAUGGCAUUGUACCAGCAAUCCCUGUCAAAAUGGCGGGGAAUGUACCAGUGAUUUAGUUGCCUGGUAUUGCGAUUGUGGAACAGGGUGGACUGGCCUCGACUGUUCCUUAAUUGAUGAUUCAACAGUAGUGACCACGCCAGGAACGACAAACGCCUCGACAAUCCGAAGUGUACUAACCGAUACGUCACCGUCAGCAUCUUCAUCAGAUGAUCCCUUUACGGGCGCAUCAUCUACCAUUGAACACGCAAUAACAACAGUAGCUAGUACAACAAUAGACAUAACUGCAGAGACAAUAACUAGUACAACAUGGAGUGCUACAACAACUGUAACACGUCCGUCAACUGCAUCAAGCACAAACAGAGAAAGUGAUCUGGAAGAAACCUCAGUUGGAAUUAGUAGGUCAACUGCUCCGAGCACAAUUACAGAAACGGCUCCAGAGCCAACCUCCAACGCGUCAGUUCAGACUCCUUCAGGCCAAGCAGAUGUAAACUCUACCAGGGACCUUCAGGAUGGAAUAAAUGUUACGUUUCCAAAGCUUUCAGUAGGCGAUAAUGAACUGGAUGAAUACUACACUAUUUCUGACCACCGCACAUCAGCAAAAGUGUUUGGAUCUCUUGCAAUUUUCAUACUAAUUGCACUGAUAGGGAUAAUAGUCAUAAGUGACAUCGUGACGGCCAGGAAGCACGUGAAACGCUUAGGCUGUAUGACGAACAUCAGGAACGCAAGGAGGAUGACUGCGAGGGAACUGUGUUACUCAUGCUGGUGUGCCAAUGAUAGACGUGUCAAAGUUAAAACAACAAAACGAGGUCCUAAACUUAGUUUCAUUCUUAGCAAAUAUAGAGAGCGUCUUGGUUCAAAAGAGGGUGAUUUGACGUGUGACAAGAUGUUCAUUAUAAUAGUAAAGGUGUUUUAUGCAGAACUAAGGCAGAUGUGCUGUGCGGUCAACAAGGUUGGUGUUAUUCCAGGUCUUGAUGAUUUAGAUAAACUAGAGACGGCAAUCACGGCAGCCAUUAACAAAGAUACAGCAGAUGUUGUUCCAAGUACAUCAGGUAUUGGACCAAGUACAUCAGAUGUUGUUCCAAGUACAUCAGGAAUUGAACCAAGUACAUCAGGUAUUGGACCGAGUACAUCAGUUCCAAGUACAUCAGAUGGUGGUCCAAGUACAUCAGAUGUUGUUCCAAGUACAUCAGGAAUUGAACCAAGUACAUCAGGUAUUGGACCAAGUACAUCAGUUCCAAGUACAUCAGAUGGUGUUCCAAGUACAUCCAAUGUUUUUCCAUGUACAUCCAAUGUUUUCCCAUGUAUAUCAGGAGAGUUUCCAAGUGCAUCAGAUGUUUUUCCAAGUACACCAGAUGUUUUUCCAACUACAUCAGAUGAUGUUCCAAAUGCACCAGAUGUAGAUCCAAGUACAUCAGGCAUGUCAGGUGUUGUUCCAAGUACAUAA